UUAUCCAGUUUCAGUCAAACAACAUGAAUCUGGGCCACGGUCACGAUCCUAAAGUCAACAGGGACAUGAAGUCUUCUUAUCGAUCUCAGGUGCAUUCUAAUAUAGACCUAGCUUUUACAAGAUCCAGUUUUGCGUUCUCUCACGACCAAUAUUAAACUACGGAAAUAUAUGAUUGUAGGCCCAUGUGUUCACGAAUUGGAAUAUUGUUAAGAAAUUCUCCAGCUUAAAUCGAAAGCUGGAUCCGAAGCCAAGCCAAAUGAAGCGAAUGCACUUGAUCGACGGUGAGUUUCGCAACGACAACCUAAAAAAUACCGAAUGAUACCGUACCAACCUAACUAUAAUAUGGCCCAAGUGUAAGUGCAUUUGAUGUGCGAACAAGAUCACCAGAAAUGGAGGAUAAAACAAGAAAAUCGCACCGUCAAUUUCUCGACAAACUUAACAGACAUUCAAAUCGAAUCUUUUCAAAAACAUAUGCUCAGAAUCUAACUUAUGACUCGAAACUAUCGGCAGUAGUGCGGAAACUAGAGAAAAGACGUGAUCUGAAUAUACGUAAUUCUCAUGAAAAAAUAUGGAAAGUUUCAUCACAGGACUUUCAUAUACCCAAACUACCUAAGAACAAAAACCAGCCUUAUUAUCUAGGAAAACAACGUUCGGUCUCUCUACCUACUCCUACAGAAUUAUCAUUGUUGCUGCCGAGAGCCGUUGCUCGAAAAAAGCGGGCCUCGCUAACACGGUAUCAACAAGUAUCAACCCGGAGACUUUCCGACGUUGGAGCCGACGACAUUCAGAUAUUUCAUUACAGGCACAUUCUUGGUAAAGAAGGCAGAGAAAAACCGACAAGUUAUGCCAUGUUAGAUGUUGAUACAAAAUGUAAAAAUAUUAUUAUUCAUCAACAACUGUUUCCAAAUGCACAGAAAACCACCGAAACCCCACCCAUCAAAUUGCCUUGUUCUAACGAUGCGGAGACAGUAAAUAAUAACAUCAGAGGAGCGCCUCCACCUGCAAAGAGAAAAUUAAGGAGACAAUCCACAGUUGAGACUUUAACCACAGUCAACAGUGUAAAAGAAGUGACAGUGUUAGCUAGGCAAUUGCAAAUUUCGACAACGAAUAGUGACCAGGUAGUUCAAAAAAACAAAUAUUCCCAAGCACCGUCAAAAAGUAGUCAUCCAGACGUUGCUGGAUUUGCAGCUAAAAAUACUAAUAAAAUGGAAGUGAAAUUUUCAGAAACGCUAAAAGCAUCCAAGUCGUCUUAUAUAGAAAUGUGCAAAAGACAGCUCACAGAAUAUAAACGCAACCAAACAGGGACAUUGAACGUCAGCGCUGCUGAUAGAGUGUCGAACCACUUUCGUGACAUGAGAUCACAAUUAUUAUCUGCACCGAUAUCACGCGUUCAGACAACAAAACCUGCAAAAGAAACACUUGCAGUACGACCGAAAUCUACGGGUUCGACGAUCAAAGUAUCGCCAUAAAGAUCAUACUGGCAAAAAAAAAUAUAAUUCUCUAUCAACCCCAACGUUUUUUUUAUAAAACGACCCAGCCUGCUUUAUGAAAACAACGGCAUCAUCCGAUGGAAGAAACGGUUACAUAUAAAAGACAUGGUCUAUUAAAGAAAUUAGAAGUAUGGUGGAGUCUCCAAGUGAGUCAGCGUAAGGCUGGAAGAAUUGAUUCUUGCUGAAUCAGACCAUCCUAUAGACGGAAUCGAAACUUAUAACGAAACUGCUGAAAGAAACCAAAACGAAUAUCUUGAAAUGAAACGGUCUCGUUUAUAUAAGAUUGGAAACGGACGAAGAAAUUAUUAAGAAGCUGAUUGUUCAAGGGUCAUAGGCCUAAAUUUGAUAAAACAAUUGUGCCCAAAUGGAAAAGAGUAAAAUAUUGAUGGUUUAGUUAACUUUUUAUUUACAUUGCUUUCAGAGAUCUUUAAGUUUUCUCAUUAGCAUUUUAGAUAAGUAAAAUUUAC